AUGGCGCGGCGCGGUGGUCGAGGGGCGGAUGAGAACGCCUCCGCCUCCGCCGCCGAGGGCAGCGAGGGCGUGGGCGAGGUGGUGGUCCAUCAGCCGUACGAAGUGCAAGUGUAUCGAGCUCACGUCCUGCUGGGCAACACCGCAGUGCUGCGUUGCAACAUUCCGGCGUUCGUCAAGGAUUACGUAACGAUCACUUCUUGGUUUCGAGACGACACCAUCAUUCUUCCUGGACGCGAUGACGCCAGCAGUCGGUACGUGGUGACGUCGAGCGGGGACCUGCACAUACGCGGGGCCAAGCCUGAGGACGGCGUCCCGCGGUACAGCUGCCACACCCUGCACGCCCUCACCGGCGACCGCCGCAAGAGCGCGCCAGCGGCGCUCACAGUCACCGGCGUUGCUGCCUGGCUGAGUGUGAUGCGCUGCGCUGCGCUGCGUGUUGCAGAUCCCACGGGCAGCAUGCCCCCGCGCCUCACGCAGCGCACCGUCACGUCGCUGGCGGCGGAGCAGGGCUCGGACGUGCACCUGAGCUGCGCCGCGCAGGGCCACCCGCCGCCCACCUUCACGUGGCUGCGCGAGGUGUCGGGGCAGCUGCGGCCCGUGGCGGCGUCGCUGCGCGUGGCGCCGGCGCAGGACGUGCUGCACAUCCGGCACGUGGGCGCCGAGGACGCCGGGCGCUGGGUGUGCCGCGUGCACAACCAGUUCGGCGAGCAGCACCUCGACACGCAGCUGGCGGUGACGGCGCCGCUCGCCGUCCACGUCCAGCCGCAGCUCCAGGUGGUGAACUCCGGGGAGUCGGCUUCGUUCAACUGCUCGGUGUCGGGCGCGCCGCUGGACUCGGUGUCGUGGCUGCACAACGGCGCGGCGGUGGGCGAGGGCGGCGCGGGCGGCGGCGGGCGCGUGCGGCUACUGACGCCGCUGGCGCUGCUGUUAAAAUAA